CUGUGCGGAUAUGGGCCCUCCAGACCACGGAAGUAGAAUCCCUGCCAAGAGGUUCUAUAACGUGGGAGAAAAGGCCACGUACACCUGCGACGAAGGGUACACCCUGGACUCCAGACAUACCAGCAGAGUCAGGUGCCUCGGGGAUGGCAUCUGGCAAUAUGACAAGCCCAGCUGUUCAGUGGACAUUCGGGUCACGCUGCAGGACGACCUACUCUAUGGGUACAGUCCGAACCAGGCACCUGAUACUGAGAGUGGGAACCACACAGUUAUCAUCUUCAGUGGCACAGUGGAACAGAUCACCGACUUGGACAGCCGACUGAAGUGGCGGCCAGAGUACCACGGAAACAUCCAGACCCUUAGUGUUUCGGGCAGCAGCAUCUGGACCCCUAAACUUACUCUGAAGAGGAAUGCUGAUGGUAAAUACCAGGGUCUGUCAAAGGACGUACCGCUUCAGAUCAGCUCCGAUGGUACCGUGACAUGGAGGGUGGAGACUCUGACCAGCACCAUCUGUAAUGCAGACCCGUUCUUUUUUCCUGCCGACACCAUGGAAUGCCACAUCUGCUUCUCCUUAUCUGCAACUGAGCAAACCAUCGAAUGUGGAGGGGGCAGUUCCUGUGACGCCUGGUCUCCUCCAGAACAGUCGGGCGAAUGGAAUCGGAAGGACAAGAUUUUUGCGGAAAGCAACAAGAAGGCGUGCUUCGCUGUUCAUCUGGAGAGGAUCCCGCUGUUCCACAUCGCCACGACUGUUGGUCCCUGCAUCAUCCUGGUGGUGCUGAUGACCAUCACCUUUAUCAUGCCCAUAGACAAGGGAGACCGGAUCUCCUUCGGGGUGACCAUCCUGCUCUCCAUGGUCGUGUCUCUCGUGUUCGUCACGGAGGUGCUUCCUGUGAAAGGAGCUCUGCCGUUUUUCGCCACGCUGAUCGUCGUGUGCAUGGGGCUGAUGGGACUUUUCCUGUUCUUCACCAUGUACAUCAUCACUAUUUACGACAUAGAAGGGAGUCUGUCUCCAAUGGCGAAGACUUUCUUCCUCUAUUACGUGGCAAAGUUCCUGCUGCUCGGGGACCUCACAGAGAAGGAGACUGCGAGCGGGGAAGGAGAGACAGGCCCGGCCGACAAUAAGAUGGACUGGUCUGACCAGGCCAACCGCGACAUCCCUGCCGAAGGAGAGGAGGCCACAGAUGACGCCAACGAAGACACAGUGAAGGUCGAAGUAGAGACCCGAACUGAAGUCUCCGAUGACGUGAUGAAGGUCGAUGGAAAGACCCCGGCUGAUGUCUCCGAGACAACCCGUGACAUCCCUAUCGGACCGCCCACCCGCCUGGAGGCCGCCAUGGAAGAGCGGACCUCGUGCCUGCGUCAACUGAUCCGGCAGGCGAUGAAGACCGAGCAGCAGCUGGAGGAGCUGGCCAAGGCGAUGAAGAACGAGCAGAAGGUGUCCGAUUACACCCUGCUGACCAAGGUUCUGGACAGGCUGUGCCUUGUCCUGUACGUCAUCAGCGUUGCCUUGGCCGUGCCCAUGACCAUGUACCUGGGCAAGUAG